AGUUUGCCUUUUCUAGUAAUUUCGGUUAAUUUAUAUUUUUAGUUAAUUUGAAACGGUUGUGACAUUUCCACAUGUUUAUUUUUUUGGAUUUAGAUUGUAAAUAGGGUAGCCCUUGCCCGAGAAAUACGAAAAAUAUACAAAAGGUAGCCAUCUAUUUAUACCAAUAAACAAACAGAACACCAACUAAGUUAAGUGUACAGGAUAAGUUUAUUAUCGUAGACGAGUUGUUAAAUAAAACAGAAAAAUAGGUUUAUCAACGUUUCAUUUGACUGAAUUAAAAAUUAAGAAAGAAAGAAAUAAUACAAUCAUGAUGUCCAAUGGUUUAGAUUCCGGUGUAGUUGGACAACAAAAUGGCAACAGUGGCAACAGUGUCGGAGGAGGACAAGAAGAAUCAAAAACUAAUCUCAUUGUCAACUAUUUACCUCAAACCAUGACACAAGAAGAAAUUAGAUCUCUGUUUUCCAGUAUUGGUGAAGUCGAGAGUUGCAAACUAAUAAGGGACAAAGUUACAGUUCCCGGGGUUAUGACUAGUCCAUUGCUUACAGGGCAAUCCUUGGGCUAUGGAUUUGUGAAUUACCACCGGCCAGAAGAUGCAGAGAAGGCCAUCAACACACUUAAUGGGCUUCGAUUACAAAAUAAGACGAUAAAGGUCUCUUAUGCCCGGCCAAGCUCAGAAGCAAUUAAGGGAGCAAAUUUAUACGUAUCAGGACUACCAAAAAACAUGACUCAGCAAGAUUUGGAAUCUCUAUUCAGUCCUUUUGGUCGAAUUAUAACAUCGCGCAUCCUUUGCGAUAAUAUCACAGUACGUCAAUUUGUCUCGGGGGCCGGAGAAAAUUUGCCUGGUCUUUCUAAAGGAGUAGGUUUUAUUCGAUUCGAUCAACGCUUAGAAGCCGAAAGAGCAAUCCAAGAAUUGAAUGGUACCAUUCCCAAGGGAUCCACCGAGCCCAUAACAGUGAAGUUUGCUAACAACCCAAGCAACAACAAUAAAGCUAUUCCUCCGUUGGCAGCUUAUCUUACUCCACAAGCAACCCGUAGAUUCGCUGGACCGAUUCAUCACCCUACAGGUCGCUUCAGGUACUCUCCGCUGGCUGGAGACCUGUUGGCAAAUUCGAUGUUGCCUGGAAACGCAAUGAAUGGCUCUGGUUGGUGCAUUUUUGUUUAUAAUCUAGCACCUGAGACGGAAGAAAACGUUCUGUGGCAGUUGUUUGGCCCAUUCGGCGCAGUGCAGAGUGUCAAAGUGAUCAGGGAUCUCCAAACAAACAAAUGUAAAGGUUUUGGAUUCGUCACAAUGACAAACUAUGACGAGGCGGUCGUCGCCAUUCAAUCCCUAAAUGGAUACACAUUAGGCAAUCGCGUAUUGCAAGUCAGUUUUAAGACAAACAAGAGUAAAACCACCUAGAGCCAGGAGAAACCCUUGACACCAGCGCGUUCGAUGCACUCUGCCUCUCCUUAAUUUAUUUAUUUAUUUGCGGUGAUUGUGCCGCUAUAUUUUAGGCAAUUGGCAACCACGGGGUGUGAAUAGGGUGCAACGGACACGGGGGUGCCCCUGCCAGCCAGAAGCGCACCUCCCUCUAAUUUAAAUAUUUAUAGUACUUAAAAUACGAAGCUAGUCAGAAAGGCAUGCGCGUUUCCUAUAGCAAACAUUUAUAUAGUCUGAUGUUUUGUAUUAGUCAUUGAUAUAGUGCCAUCGCAAUUUACUUUUUGUUUUAACAUUUGUUGCCUGAUCACCCGUUUUAAAUAUUUUUCAACUUUUAGGGACGACCCUAAUGUUUCAUGUUAACGUAUUGUUAAUAGAUGUUUUACUUAGAUGAAUAUCUUCCUUCCAGUCUUUUCACUUAUAGCACACUUUACUGUUAACGUAGGUUAAGUGUAGUGAGUGUUGGAUAAUUCAACAUUAAAGAUUCAUGUAACAAUUUUCUCUAUGAAUCACGUGUGAUAGAAAUGUUCAUGGCGCCACAGUUUACAUUAAAUAGACUAGUCGCCUGUUUAUAUUAUGACAAUUUUACUUCACUAAAAAGCAAUUGUAAUCCAAAGAAGAUAUCUUAGACAAUUCGGGAUAUUGACUGUGACUGAUAGCUUUAUAUAUAGUUAACGUAUUGUUGACCAUAUGACACAAAGUAUUUAAGCAGCCAUCUCACUAUUUAUAUACAAUUAAUUUAGAGUUAUUAUUUGCUAAUAACAAAGAUUUAUUAAACAUAUAACGUUUUAGCAAACACGUAUGUACAGAAAUAUGGUUAAAUAAUCUCGAAAUUAUUUGUGUAUACAGUAUGCCAGUUGCUUAGGAGCAAACUGGGAAUGCCACGUGGCCAGUGAACCAGUAGCCUACAUCUACUGUUCAUUCAUAGGACUUUACCAAUCGCAAGAAGUUUAUUUUAUUUAUUAACAAAGAAAUCAUAUUUUAUUUUAUAUUUAUAGGAUUAUUAUUUAUAUAUAGUAAAUUGUUUAUUUAUUUUAAUUAAUUUCGUAUUAUAAUAGCUUGUUGGUGUGCUAUGAUUGAAUAGAAUUAAAGGAAGCCUUGUUAAACCGUUGAAAUGAAAUUUGAAAGACUAUUUGAUGUUUCGAAUAAUGAUUAUAAUUGUUAAAGUAGCAAUCUCCGGUGCCCUAAUCUGGGAUAGGAGGGUGGUUUAGGUUAAAGAAAAGUGGAAAAGUAUUUGAACUGGAGAAGGAUAACGAUGAUAGAAUGAAAGGUAAAGGAGCGUUUAUUCGAAUAGAAAUAUGAACCAAAGAUUCAUAGGUCUAUUAGUAUUUACAAAGUACUAUUUAUUAUUUUAUAAUAAGUUCAAUGUCUUUAAGUAGAUAAUUUAUGUAUUUGUAUGUAGUAUUUUUGUGUAAUGAUUGAUUUAUCCAAGCUAGUCGCUCGCAACGGCGCAACAGCAAAAAUUAAGUGUUGGUAAAUACGUUUUGUGCCGUUGCGUACCUGUAUUUGUAUUAAAAGAGAGUUAGGGGUGAUAAGGACGCCAUCUCGCCUUGUGAUAGUGUACUUUACUAGGUAGAUGCUUGUGGAACUGACUGAUCGUGACUAACGAUUUAAAAAAUGGUGACCGCCCUUGCCACUCAAGACUCUCCUUAUCCUCAUUUGUGUGUUGUGUUUAGUUUCCAGUUUUCUAAAAUUGGCUUUUCUUAUAGUUGAGUGGUUUUGCUCGAAACGCCUUCAAUGUUCGAUGGCAAUACUAGUAAGACCACAACUCCUUAUUUAAUUUGUCUCUCACUCAAUUAUUUAAUUUCAUUUUUAUUUUUUAAUUGGAAUCUCAUUAAUUUUCUUUCACGCACCGAGUCUAACAGCUCCUAUCCAAUUAUUUUUAGUUGUUACCUAAUUUAUUAGUUUGAUUUAUUAAUAUAUCGACUUAUUUAUUUUAAUUUAAUGUUUAUUUUUUUGUGAAUACAAAUUAAAAUUUA